GACUGUGAGGACAACCUCUGGAGUGACCAGAGCCUGGAGACAGACCCCGACCUCCCCCCAGGCUGGAGGAAAAUCCAUGACUCUCUGGGAACCUACUACUGGCAUGUGCCAACUGGCACGACGCAGUGGCAGCACCCCGCACACACCACCGGCCCAGGAGGGCGCCCGGAGGCUGAUGGAGAGGAGACAUUCCAGGGAAUGGACUGCCAGGCCCCUGCGGCGAAGCACUCGGCAAAGGACAGGCCCAUCCCCAGCCCAAUGGCUUCGCUGUCCCGGAGGACCUCGCUGCCCUGGCACGGAGAGGACUUCCAGCACAGCGCAGAGCCCGGCUCCAAGUGCUUUGCUGUGCGCUCGCUGGGCUGGGUGGAGAUCCCAGAGGAGGACCUGGCACCUGGCAAGAGCAGCAUCGCCGUCAACAACUGCAUCCAGCAGCUCUCCAACAGCAAGGGCCAGGGCUCUGCGGAGAAUCGGGGCGAGGUGAGAGCCUGGGACAGCACUGCCAGGCAGGGCCCUGCCCCGGGGCCACUGCUGCUGAGCCCCAUCCUCAACAUCCGUGUCUGGGGCGUUGGCUGCAACAAUGGCAGGGGGCAGCUCUUCAGAGACUUUGCCUUUGUGGCCAGCGACAAGGACACCUGCAUCCUCAAGUGUCAUGUCUUCCACUGCAACGUGCCCGCCAAGGGCAUCGCCAAGGCCCUGCACGAGAUGUGCUCCAAGAUUGUGGCUGAGCGAGCCGGAGCAAGCAGUGGGCGGCCACACACCACGAUGCUGGAGGCCAUUUCCACCGAGGGCCCGCCCUGGGGGAUGCCUGAGAACCCCCCGCCGUGGGAUGGCCAAACAGCCGCGCCCUGGUGCCGGACGGUCCCUGCCUGUGGGGCUGGCCAGCAGCACCCUGCCUGCGCCCGGCCCGGCCCUGGGGCAGGGCAUGAGGGGAUGAUGGGAUGGGAUGGGGUCUCCCACUCCCCAGGGAUGGAUGUGCUGAACGAGGCCAUCGAGAAGCUGACGAGAGGCCCCGGGCGGGAGCACUGGAUGCCCUCCCUCAUCCGUGUGUCCGACACGGCCAUGAGGGUGCACCCCGCGCAGGUGGGGAGGGGCAUGGGGAGGUCCAGCUGAAGCGGGCACCCUGCUGCCACCGGGUUGAGACAAGAGGACGAGGAGGCGGCGCACAUCUGGGAGUGCCAGGUGCGGUACGUGACCUUCCUGGGGGCGGGCCGGGACGCCCACACCUUCGAGGACACCCCCCCCAGCAACAGGCGCAGGGGUGAGGAAGAGGCGGCCCCCAAGGGGUGCCAGGCUGGCUGUGGGGCCGACCUGUGCCAGCCCAGAGCACAGCUCAGACCCAAGUUUGGGACCUGA